AUGCAACAAGGCGCUUGGCGAAUACCGUUUGCCGGUUUCACACCUGCACAACCUCAACCUCUAUUCCGAUCCACCUGGCAACAACCGAAUUCUGGAGAAUGGACAGCGAAUAAUAAUAAAAUCAAUGAAUGGAAAAAAUGGAACUCAUUGGAGACACCGUCGGCAGAGUUGGCUAGACCUCGACCACAACUUCUUUCACCUCAUUUCGGCUCACCUGUAUUGCCAACAGGUGGACAGGCAACUUUGCCGACUGUGUGUCCUACCACUGAAGCCGAGAAGAAGCCGUGUGAACCGAUGGACCAGCAGGAUAUCCACAUCCUCAAAGAGGAAGAACGAAAAUCUGCUGAGCAUCAUUCGGCUUCAUACGACGCAUCUGCUUCUCCGUCGUUAAGCGGUGACGAAGACGAACGACGUCUUGAUGUCGAAGGUGGUAGCGAGCCGAAUUCUGAAGAUGUCGAGGUUGACGUCGCUAAAACGUCUUCUGAACUUCGCAUGCAAUGCAGCGUCGAUUACGAGACAGACGAAGGGCAUCCAGACGACAACGAUGACAACCAUGUUAGCACGACGACAUCACACAAGGAAGAUGAAGCCUCGCACCUCCUGCUCAACUUCUCGCAGCAGUCGUUCGCCUCAUCCAGUGAACAAUCUCGGAUUCAAUGUCCGUCGUCGCCAACGGAAAGCGGCAAAGCUAGCGAUCCAAAUGUGCCCACUACAACCACCUCACACCUAACCACCCCUGUCAUCAUCAACAGCGCCUUCUCUGCAACCGAAUCACCAGUGUCAACCUCAGAAACGUCAUUCUGCCGUCCUCCUGGAUUAGGUCCUGCAGCGUUCUGUACACCAACAACCGGGCAGAAUGCAGCUCUUGUUUGUCCAAUUUGUGGUUUUUCAUGUAAUUCGAAAUUCCACUAUAAUAGCCAUAUGAACACUCAUGGCGAUCAUCAAUGCAGUAUGUGCGAUUACACAAGUCGGACUGAGGGGAGACUAAAAAAACAUAUGCGUGAAUCACACACAGUUGAAGAGCAGCUGGCCGUUGGACUAGAGAUCAAGCCAUCGACGCCAGCACCGGCUUCUAGUGCAACGGCGUCAACGGUGACAACCACAUCACAGUGUUCAACAUUGGCUGACAUAGCGAACCUAUCGACCACUAUGGCAUCGCUGGUCGAUGUGGCAAAUAUGGCUGCUGCAGCAGUAGCUGUCAAAGAAGAGCAAACGUCAAGCUCACUGGCUUCGGCCUUAUCUAUGGACAAUCUAGUGAGCACGAGCGGCUUUUUGAGCACAAUCGCUUCAACUGGUUUGCCUUCGGCUUUGGAUCAGAUCCGUGCCUUUGCGGAGAACUCCGCCCUUCUCCCUGAUACUGGUGCAACAUUGGUUAAUGCAUUCGGUGCAAUGUCACAGGAUUCGUCCGAAUUCGACAAAUCGUCCGAAAAGUUCAAUAACUCCGAACCGCGACGAAACAGUAAUGGAAAGAUGAAGCAGUAUAAAUGCAAGCAAUGCCCACAUAUUUCAUUUUCUAAAGACGAUCAAUGGGCUCAUGCUCGUACUCAUAUACCUGUUGACAAACAGAUGAACUGUCCUACAUGCAACUUUGUCACCGAGUACAAGCAUCAUCUGCUUCAUCUGAAGAAAUACGAUCAUCGUCGUGUGCCAGAUGGCAUGGAAAUGGGGGAUACUUCACCAACACAGUCCAAACCUGAGCCUCUUACACCCUAUUCAAACUUCGCGAUGAAACUGGACGCACCAUCACCGACCACAACCCUAGCACAGACCCUGGGACUCUCUCCGAUUGUUACCAGUCAGAGUUUGAACUAUGCCAGUCAAAUGUUACUUAGGCAACAUCAGAUGGAGCAGAUGAGCUCAUUGAUCGGCAAUUUGCCAUCAUUACCACAACCAUUGACCUGUGCAGUAUGCGACUUCCAAACCAGCUCACAGGAAGAGCUGAUGAGACACAAUGUGAAUCAUUUCCUGAACCAGUCGAAUCAAAGUCCGAUUGUCAGUCUCUACCAGUCACUACCCCAGGUCAAUUCGUUUAUCCCACCGCUUGAGGCAAUCGCAGACAAACCAGUAAGCGUUGACACUCAAGAAGAACGUGAUAGUGGGCAUGUUGGUGAUGAUGAGAUGGAAGGCAGUACUGGCAGUACGAUCAGUCCCCAUUGCAGUUCGAAGGCGUAUGCAGGGUCGGGUGACGAAACUGAACAGCCCGGAAGAAAAAUCAAAGCCUUCAAACUGGAGCAGAUCAGUCAACGUCUUCAAGGGAAGAGUCCAUCACUCAGUGAAGACAGCGACGAGAAGGAAGCAGGAAAGCUGCACGCUAAGCGUGAAAUGUCACCGAUUCCUGAAUCGCCUACGCCAAUUGCUGUGUCGAGCAGUGUCGUUAGGUCCGUAGGGCAGCCAGCGUUCCAGCCAUUCUCAUCCGAAAAUAACCAACUGAACAUCUUUCAACGAGCAUAUCUAGCUCAGCUGAACGCGCUCAAUCUGAGGCGAGAAGAAGCCUCAUGGCGAUUCCAAUGUCAUCACUGCCGUAUGGCUUUUCAGGAUCAAGCGCUUUACCACAUUCAUAUGGGCUAUCAUGGUUAUGAGCACGUAUUCAAGUGUAACCGAUGUGGCCAUAUUGCACCGGAUUCAUUAAAUUUCAAUUUGCAUUUGCUGCAAGCAUCACACGAGUAG